CUAAGACAGUGCACACCAUGGCAACUUCUCCAGACGGAUUCAAAUCUAAAAUCAUCUUUGAUGAGAUUACUUCAGCACUGAAGGCUGAUGGGGCAACCCUGGUGGGUAAAGUGAAGGGAAUCUACGGGUUCAAGGUGAAGGGAGGACCAGGUGGAACUGAAGGAUACUGGAUUGUUGACGCUAAAAACGGAUCCGGGUCGGUCGUCUUCAAUGGAACCGAAAAACCUGAUGUAACCCUAAUCAUGACGGACUCUGACCUUUUGGAUUUGAUGACAGGAAAACUCAACUCUCAGAAGGCGUUCUUCCAGGGUAAACUGAAGGUGCAAGGGAAUAUGGGGUUGGCUAUGAAGCUCUCUGAAUUCCAGAAGAAAGCUCCAAAAGCAAAAUUGUAAAAAUGUUAGAAAGUUUAAUAUAGAUAAAAGCAACUA